AUGGCUGAAAGCACGGAGAAAACCCCCAUAGCGAUGGCUGGAGUAGACGACGUGGACCAGUAUUUGCCUCCUGCUUACACUGCAGGCAGCGCGAAGCCCUCCGGCUCUGGACGUCUCCUCAAGAUCGGAGCCUUGGUUCUCAUCACAGGAGCGCUUCUGCUGCUUUUCGGAGCUAUUGGUGCUUUUUACUUUUGGAAAGUCAGCGACAAGCAUGUGUACAAUGUUCACUACAGCAUGAGCAUCAAUGGAAAAGUUGAGGAGGGAUCCAUGGAGAUUGAUGCCGAAAACAAUCUGGAGAGGUUUGUAACAGGAAGUGGAAAUGAUGAAGCUGUGGAAGUGCACGAUUUCCAUAUUGGAAUCACUGGAAUUCGGUUUGCUGGUGGGGAGAAAUGUUACAUAAAGACGCAAGCGAAAGCUCACCUCCCAGAGGUUGAAACACUGAACAAGGAGUCACUGAUGUUCGACUUGGAAGAUGAGAUCAUGCCAGUCAAGUUUGAUGAUGAGUCCUUGAUCUGGGUGGCUACAGACCAACCACUAAAGGACAAUAGUUUUUUGAGCUCCAAAAUUUUGGACCUAUGUGGAGAUCUGCCAAUCUUCUGGCUUCGGCCCACGUAUCCAAAAGACGUUGAGAGGAAGAGGCGUGAUCUUGGACGUGCCAAGCGUCAAUCUCAGCCUCGCAGCAACAACAUGGCAGCAGCUGAAGAGAGGAACACAGCGGAUCGUGGGCAGGAGGAAGAGGAGCCAACCUUUAACCCUGAGAACCCCUAUCAUCGCAAUCUGGAAGGAGAAGAGAGCAUGACUUUCGACACCAUGCUGGAUCACCAGGGGAUCUGCUGCGCGGAAUGCCAACGUGGGUACACCCACUGUCAGAGGAUAUGCGAGCCGCUUGGGGGCUACAUGCCCUGGCCCUAUGCUUACAGAGGGUGCCGUGUCGCCUGCAGAGUGAUUAUGCCCUGCCGCUGGUGGGUGGGCCGCAUACUGGGCAUCGUGUAGAAUCCUCAACUAACAGAAACAGACAACAUACACAGAAGCUAAUGAAGCCCUAUUGUCUCCCGUAGCUGUUUUACAUAAGCAAUGUAUUUAAACGCAAAUAUUUUGCAUCCUUUUGUUUCACUUGUCUCUUAAUGUAAAUAAAAUAAUAAAGUGCCUAACUAUGUUUAUAAGGUUGCUAAUACUAAUCUUUCUCUUUGAAUGGCAGGGAGACUAUUGUUAUAGCAGACAGAAGCAAAUGCCUACAUGUUUAUACCUAGUAUUACUUCUUCUUCUGUUAGGGAUA